AGAGUAUCGUUAGAAUUGGCCGCGUCGAAAGUAAUUUUACAAAGUUCAUCGUAAGUUUUAAACUGUUCUCAAAGUGUUGUGAAGUGUUGUGUUGUGGCGUGGAAUAUUGGGUGUUCACAAAAAUGCGCGCAACAUAACCAAGAACGGGCGAUGCGCCGCGCGCGCGCGCACUCACGUGCCAAGCGCGUACCAUGCGCUCGCUAAACGUGACUGCGUGCGCGGCGCUACUGGAAGACGUACGCUGGGACGAACCCACGAGCGUCGCGAGCCUUGCCGUGCUCGCCCUCAUCGAUGUACUGGUUAUAACCGGCAACUGCCUAGUCAUAGCGGCGGUCCUCUGCUCCUCCAAGCUGCGUAGUGUGACGAACCUGUUCAUAGUCUCGCUGGCGGUUGCGGAUCUGCUGGUGGGCCUUGCUGUACUGCCUUUCUCCGCGACAAGGGAAGUUUUUAAGAUAUGGAUCUUCGGAGACGUCUGGUGUUCCGUCUGGCUGGCAGUCGACGUGUGGAUGUGUACAGCGUCCAUACUGAACCUCUGCGCCAUCUCCCUCGACCGCUACGUAGCAGUCACCAGACCAGUUAGCUACCCGUCUAUAAUGAGCAAGAAACGAGCCAAAGCAUUGAUUGCUGGUGUCUGGGUUCUGUCCUUUGUGAUCUGCUUCCCGCCACUGGUUGGCUGGAAAGAUAAAAGGCCACAAGAUGAACUCAAAGGUAACCAAGAGAUCCACCCGCCCUGCCCCUGGACGUGCGAGCUGACCAACGACGCUGGCUAUGUUGUCUACUCCGCACUUGGUUCCUUCUAUAUCCCCAUGUUCGUGAUGCUGUUCUUCUAUUGGAGGAUUUACAAAGCAGCCGUGAGGACCACGAAGGCUAUUAACCAGGGAUUUAGGACUACUAAAGGUUUAGGAAACCGCUUCGACGACAACCGCCUUACUCUCAGGAUACACCGGGGUAGAGGUUCCGCAAGGCCGCACGGUUCCCCGCUGUCUACAGCAUCUAAUCAUUCCACUAGCACUUCUUUGAGCGCAUCUCCUGAAAGAAUUAGAAGGCAUUCAAGCGCCCGCAGAGCACACGAGAAAAUCAAAAUUUCCAUCUCCUAUCCUUCUUCAGAACAAAUUUGUCCAGCUUUAGAGAACUCCAGGUCACCAAGUCGUUCACCAAGUCCUUCCUUAUAUGCUGUUCAUUAUGAGAGAGAUGGUAGGGAAUUAACGGAAAGCAGAUUGAGGGUCAGACCUCAUCACCUCACACCUGGGUCUCUGUAUGAUGAGUUAGAGGAUAAACCAAGGACACGGCGUAUGGGAAAGAGAAAUAUUAAAGCUCAGGUCAAAAGAUUUCGUAUGGAAACAAAAGCCGCAAAGACGCUCGGCAUCAUCGUCGGGGGCUUCGUGUUCUGCUGGCUUCCUUUCUUCAGUGUGUACGUGGUUCGAGCAUUCUGUGGUGACUGCGUGACGCCCAUCAUCUUCUCGAUUCUAUUCUGGCUUGGUUAUUGUAAUUCUGCCAUCAAUCCCUUGAUAUAUGCGCUGUUUUCUAAGGAUUUCAGGUUCGCAUUCAAGAGAAUAAUAUGCAAGUGCUUCUGCGCGGGUGGCGGGUCGCGAAGGGAGUCAGAUGGAACAGAUAAUGCAAUAAACCGACGGCCUAGACCAGUACAUGGUCAUUCACAUUCGCUGGACGAAGAAGCUCCUACUUCUAGUGCUGAUAGGUGACGUCAAGCUCUGCGACGGCAAAAUGCUCAAUUUAAGACUUCCGUCGCGUGUGUUUAGUUAAAAACUUAAUUAUGAAUAUUAUAUAGAGAUAAUAAUAUAAAUUUUAUUGUAUGAACUAAAAUGCAUCAUGUGUAAAGCACUAUUCUAAAUGUUGUAGAGCUAGGUAGUUAGGUAUAAUAUUAUUGUUAAAGCGUCCUUUAUUGUAAUGAAUGAAAUGGCUUCGAGCCAAUUUUGCUUUUCACUAAAGAUGUGGUCUUUGGAAAUUUUAUGGGUGUUAUUAGAUCACUAUCAUGAGUUAUAGCGUUUCAAUUGAUGUACGUGUACGACGUACGUAAAUGUACGUUUUAAGAUAUGAUUGUUGCAAUUGAAUUGCAAUAUUAUCAUGUUGGAAUUAACUUCUGGAAUAGGUAAUGCUAUAAGCCAAAAUAUCAAAAAAAAUCCUAUUUUGACAUUAAUUGUCUACUCAGAGAGCGGUAAAAAGUGUGUCCGUAUGUGUUUGUUCGUGUUUUUAAUUUUAGAAGUAAAUCCUAGUCCCUUUAUAAUUAUUAUUUUCUACAGCGCAUUGUUACUUUAGUAUUUGAAUGCAUUAUUUUAGUACUUACCUAGUCAAAUAGUCCUAUAUCGAGAUUGCUUGAAAGUUCUGUAAAAGUAGUUAACAUCGAAUAUAAUAAUUAAUAAUAUAUUAAUUUCACUUAAAUUAAUGUUAUAGUAAACAGCAUUUGUUUUUGGCCUGUUAUUUAAUUUUAAUUUUUAAAUGUUGAACUUAUCAAAAUUGAAGAUUAUUAUUAAUGAUAAAAUUAAAAACAAUGCCCCUGCCUGUUUUAUAUAGGCAAGUUUAAAAAAAACCAAGUAAAUUUGCGAAGGCGUAAAUUUUUUACCAUUAGUAGGUACCUAAUAACUAAUAAUAAAUCAAUAAUCAAUAUUUAUCUGUAAAUUACGGCCUGGUUAUUAUUAAAAAAAAAGUCCUGAAUUGCCUGAUUAUUGUGGACAGGUUAUCUGAGCUUAACUAUUUAGUAGGUACAUAUACAUUGUACUUAGUUCACAUUAAAUUUAAAUUAUUACAACUAAAAUGGUUCUAGUCUAUUUAUGAUAACCAAAGAAUAAAUAAAAUAAUAUAA